UUGUCGAGUUGUCAAAACCUGGCGAUUCUCUCCGGCGCAGGCAUCUUUUCGAAUCGUAUUGAUCUUUAAGUAUUUUUCUGAUUUUAUUUGUCUAUAUCAUCUAAAAGUUAAAAAUGAGCUCAAAAACUAAGCGCAGCGACAAUGGUGGUAAAGAUGAUGAACCAGUGAAAAUCAACAAAUGGGACGGAACUGCGGUCAAGCACGCGCUAGACGAUUCCGUCAAAACCGCUCUGAUGAACCGGACCAACAUGAAGGAACAUCACGCCAUCAUCGAUGGGCGGCUGCUCAUUUGCGCCCUGGCUGUGGCCACCGCGCUGGUUGCCCUCGGUUACGAUUAUCAGUAUUCUUUUCCGGCCUCUAAGCCAGUGCUGAUUGUGUGUGUUUUUUUCUACUUCUUCCUAAUGGGGGUUUUGACGGUCUACACGACGUACGUGGAGAAGGGCAUCUUCGCGGUUGGCAAUCAGACCGACGACAAAGGAACCCGAAAGCGCUGGCAGGCCAGUUCAGAUAUGCGCAAGUAUGACGAUAGGUACGAGCUGACUAUCCAGCUGCGAGACUCCCGUGGUGUUCGGGAAGCUACAGUCGCCAAAUCGGUGGCCAACUUCAUCGAUGUCAACGGAACGGUGCUUGAUGAUCUUGUCGCAAACGAGUUGAAUCGAGUCGUGAACUCGCUUAACGGUGAAAAGAAACAUAAUUAAUUUUUUUGCUCUCGCAGUUUCUGCUAAGAGCUGCAAAGUUUUCAAAUUCCAAGCAGAAUUAGUAAUAAAAACGAUUGGUCAGAAACAAAA